GCACAGCACUGCAGCCCCUCUCCCCUCCCCUCCCUCCCCCGGGCAAGGCAGCGAGCGAGCUGCUGCUGCUCUUGGUGCGGUGCAGAGCGGAGCAGGAGCAGGAGGCGCGCGGGCAGGUUCCCGGGGAGCCUGGAGCCUGGGCGCGCUGCUGGAAGCUGGGGGUGGGAGGGAAGUGUGUGCUAUGCCUUUAACGCCUGGGUACAGUAGACAUGUAUAGUGUGUAGUGUAGGGAAAGUCUAGGCGGGGUUAAAGUUCAGCUCAUGGAGCUGCUCAGCGCUCGCUGCAGUUUAGCAGAGUUGGAAAUGUGAAAGCAAGAAGCAGGCUAGGUUCUCCCCCCUCUUUCUCUCUCCCUCUCUCUCUCUUUUCCUCUCUCUCUCCCUUUCUCUCUCUCUCUCUCUCUCUCACUCUCACACACACACCUCCAAACCACAAAAACCCCCACAGCAGUCAUGUAUUCUCCUCUCUGUCUCACCCAGGAUGAAUUUCAUCCCUUCAUCGAAGCACUUCUGCCUCACGUCCGAGCAUUUGCAUACACAUGGUUCAACUUGCAAGCCCGAAAACGAAAAUACUUCAAAAAACAUGAAAAACGCAUGUCAAAAGAGGAAGAGAGAGCAGUGAAGGACGAAUUGCUGAGCGAAAAACCUGAGGUCAAACAAAAAUGGGCAUCCAGACUUCUGGCAAAGCUACGGAAAGAUAUCAGGCCUGAGUACCGAGAGGAUUUUGUUCUCACAGUCACAGGAAAAAAGCCUCCAUGUUGUGUUCUUUCCAAUCCAGACCAGAAGGGCAAGAUGAGAAGAAUUGACUGCCUACGCCAGGCAGAUAAGGUCUGGAGGUUGGACCUUGUAAUGGUGAUUUUAUUUAAAGGUAUUCCGCUCGAAAGUACUGAUGGCGAACGCCUUGUAAAGUCCCCACAGUGCUCUAACCCAGGGCUGUGCGUACAGCCACAUCAUAUAGGAGUUUCUGUUAAGGAACUCGAUUUAUAUUUGGCAUACUUUGUGCACGCAGCAGAUUCAAGUCAAUCUGAAAGUCCCAGCCAGCCAAGUGAAGCUGAUAUUAAGGACCAGCCAGAAAAUGGACAUUUGGGCUUCCAGGACAGUUUUGUCACAUCAGGUGUUUUCAGUGUGACUGAGCUGGUCAGAGUCUCACAGACACCAAUAGCUGCAGGAACAGGCCCAAAUUUCUCCCUCUCAGAUUUGGAAAGUUCUUCAUACUAUAGCAUGAGCCCAGGAGCAAUGAGGAGGUCUUUACCUAGCACAUCCUCUACCAGCUCUACAAAACGCCUCAAAUCUGUGGAGGAUGAAAUGGACAGUCCUGGUGAAGAGCCAUUUUAUACAAGCCAAGGGCGCUCUCCAGGAAGUGGCAGUCAGUCAAGUGGAUGGCAUGAAGUGGAGCCAGGAAUGCCAUCGCCAACCACAUUAAAGAAGUCAGAGAAGUCUGGUUUCAGCAGUCCCUCGCCUUCGCAGACCUCCUCCCUUGGAACGGCAUUCACACAGCAUCAUCGACCUGUCAUUACAGGACCCAGAGCAAGUCCGCAUGCAACACCAUCGACUCUUCAUUUUCCAACAUCACCCAUUAUUCAGCAGCCUGGGCCAUACUUCUCACACCCAGCAAUCCGCUAUCAUCCUCAGGAGACUUUGAAAGAGUUUGUCCAACUUGUCUGCCCGGAUGCUGGUCAGCAGGCUGGACAGGUGGGGUUCCUCAAUCCCAAUGGCAGCAGCCAAGGCAAGGUGCACAAUCCAUUCCUUCCUACCCCAAUGUUGCCACCGCCGCCGCCACCACCAAUGGCUAGGCCUGUGCCUCUGCCCGUGCCAGACACAAAACCUCCAACCACAUCGACAGAAGGAGGUGCCGCCUCUCCUACUUCACCAACCUACUCGACACCCAGCACCUCCCCCGCAAACCGAUUCGUCAGUGUUGGACCUCGGGAUCCAAGCUUUGUAAAUAUCCCUCAACAGACACAGUCCUGGUACCUGGGAUAAAAGUCACAGCUUCCCAUCACCCACCGGACAGACCACCUGACUCCUUCCCAACUCCGUAACAUGGAAGCAGCAGCAACACCGUGCAGUUACUUCACGUCAGUGGAAGGAGAGAUGAACAGCUACCGACAGCAAACAAGUAGUACAUGGAAAUGGCAAAUGUUAUGGUCAAUGGCAAAGGCCAUAACUUCUCUGAGAUUUUUUUAGACACCUUUGGGACUGUUGUGAUUUCUCAUAUGGUGCUGGAAAUGGUUGGGCUUUGUAAUUUUUGAAGUGUUUCAUUGGUAGUGUAAGUAUUAGGUGACACUGGGUAGAACUAGCCUCUGCUGCUGCUUACUGACUCGCUGUUGUAACACACUUUCCAUAUGGAGCCUAACUGUUUUACAGCAUUUUCAUUGAUUUUUUUUUUCCCAUGCAGGUGUGAGACUUCUUGAGAAAUCAUGAAACACACUUAAACUGUAACUUUUGUAGUAGGUGAAUUCUGCAAUAUAUAAACGUACAGGACAGACAUGGGGCGUGUUUUUCUGUAACAGAUCGGGGGGGAAAUGCAGUUUUUUUGUUUUGUUGUUGGUCUUUUUUUUUUUUUUUUUUACAGUUAGAUACAUAACAUGAACAAUAUGAGCAUUGUCAACAGGUUUUUUUCCACUCAAGUUGCAGAGUGAUUUAAAACAUCAAACUACUACUAUUCACUAAAAAAAGAAAAAAAGGAAAAAAAAGAAAAAAGUUUGAAAUGCUGCACUUACAUAACAUUUUUUCAACAAUUUUCAACAAUUACACAAAAAUUCAUGCAGAAAUGGGGAAGUUGGUCUGUUUUGACAGAAACUGACAGGAAUCAAAACAAUCGAAUUUUGAAUUGAGUAAAGUGCAAUUUCAUUGGAUAGCUAAAUAUCUUUGUAAGAUAGAGAUUGUUGAAAAUUCUAUUUUUGUUUUCCAAGUCCUUCCACCCCAGGACUCUAAAGUAUUGGGGUAAAAAACAGCCUUGCAAGAAAAAGGGGAGCUAUUUUUGCUUUUUAUGUUUUUUAUUGUUAAACUUGUAUCCCUUUAAAACUGAAGGAAAAUUAAAAAAAAAAACUAAUGGUGCUUUUACCACAAUAUGUUAACUACAUUAAAUGCUAAUUAAUCAUUUUCUGUUAUCAAAGCACAUAACUAAAAUGAAAUCAUAAUAUCUGUUAAUUUUAUAAGCUAAAAGUCACUAUAAUGGAUUAUGCCAAUUCUGACAAAUUUUACGUCUUUCCGGCAAUAUAGGGUUUAUCAGUUCUCAAACACCUUGGGAAUCACAUAGAACUGUCCAGAAAUUAAAACACCUUUGUGUCCCUGAACUGGUACUUUUUCUGGACUACAAAGAAAACAAUACAGAAACGAAUGCUGAUGUGACAACUUAACGCCAGUUCAAAGCAAGGGCACUUGCUGAAAAAGAAAAAAAGUUUGGACCCCAAACGUCCUGUAUCUUAUGUACAAAAAAAAAAAGAAAAAAAAGGAAAAAAAGGAAGAAAUAAAAAAAAAGAGUGCAAGUGAUUUUUCCUAUCAGACAGCGGAGCAUCCCUUUGCUUCACAUGUGACUUUAAGAAGGUUUCCUAUACUAUACAUAUAUAUACGUUCUGGUUGGCAAGUCCAGCUAAUCAGAGAAAGUCUCUGCAUGUUCUAGUGUUAGUAACUAAUUUUUAUAUAGUUAAUGUAGGGUAAAGUAGAGUGCAUUAAGACACAAUAUUGUAAUCCCUAUUCCAGGCACUUGCCUUUAAACUAUGUUUGUAUGGCCCUUCAGAAGGGUUUCUACUACUGUCCUAUACAAUCAAGUAACUGAAAUUCUUGGGAAGACACUUUGCUCCUCAUCUUUUCCCUGAAACAAUGUUUUUUUUUUUUCUUAAUUUGCACGAAACAAAAAAAAAAACAAAAACAAAAAAUUCCAUAUCAAUGUGCCUUGCCCUGGAUAGCGAUUAUUUGUGGAAUUGUUGCACAUGUUCCUAUAUUGAAAGGGGUUUUUCCCUAGUCAAGCAUUUGGAGACACUUUUUGUAAAUGUGACUUUUAUGUCAGCCAUUGUCAGUUUCAACAUCUAGAAUUAAAUAGAAUGUUAGUUGUUCCGCAGAUAGGAGUAGUGUUUAUUGUCCUGUAUGGUCAGUGGCAGUGCUAUUCUGAGAUCUGUAGAUGCUAGAUUAUCAGUAUUUUUGGAUGUUGCUGCAUUUUACAUUUUAUUUGGAGUCUUCCUUUUGUUUUGUUUUUCCCAGAUAUAUGAAAAUAUGCAAUACCUGCUUAUAUCAUGUAGAAAAGCUUAGCAAUUAUUAAUUUUUCUUUUAUUUUUUUUUAUUUGACCAAAGUUGGUGCUGCACUUGACGCAGUGUGUUUUAGGUGUUUGUCUUUGUACUUAUGUGAUUUUGAAUGCACAUGCAGGAAGGGCUCUUCUUAGAGAAGCAGUCAAACUGUGAAGCACUAAGCUGAACCCUGCUUCAAGCAAUUUUUGUUUUACAAUUGUUCCUUUCACAAGCAAGCCUUAAAAAAAAAACAAAAAAAAACUUCCUUUUUCUUCAGAUCCCACACCCAUUUUUAUUAGCAGACUGCAAUCAAGCCACAUUCAACAAAAGUAUAUAAUGCCCAUUUUUAUAUGCACGUUUUUAAACUUCCAAGUUCUGAAAAUUGUUUACUGGUUAUUCUCUAUUUAAGGAAAAAAAUAAAAUGUUUUGGAUUUUCAUAUGUGUCUGAUAAGUGGUUGAGUAGUCAUUUUGCUCUGUUGUAUUGUGUGAUUGUUAGUAUAUGGUAUCACAUCCUCUAGCCAGCAUCCUUUGCCUUCCCUAUAGCACUUAGCUGGGCAUUACUUUAUUAAGACAUAUGUGCACUAAAAAAAAUAAUAAUAAAAUUAAAAAAUAGCAGCUUUCAGUGCUUCACAGUGAAGGGAAAAAAGCCUAGACAAACAUUUUGUCAGAACCUUGCUAUAAGCCAAGGUAUUACCAGUAAAUUGGUUGUAUAUACAAUAAAAUUGCACCCUUUUUUAAACAAAACAAACUUAAGCAAUAGUUUGGGCAGUUAGUUGUUUUUAGUGAGCAUGUUGUAGUCAUGGCUGCAAAGAGAGAGAAUUAAACUGCCCACUCAGAAGAUAUGUAAUUUGUAUGUUGUAUAGUUUUAUUGAGUACACUGAUUUAUUCUACCCUAUUUUAUAAUGCAGGACUUUUGUAAUGUUGUUUAAAUGAGGACAAAUUUCUGUCAAAUUAGCUUAGUGGAAUUUCUGAUUGUUCGUUAUAAAGGCAGCGUUCAUAGAAUUGCUUUUUUUUCCCUUUGGGAACUGGAUUUAAGUUAAAAACUUUCCUGUUUCCGUUUUGUAUGUAUUUAAAUACAGUUAUUUUUCUUCUCUCAAUGGUAUAGCAUAUUCCUAUGCUUGAGAAGUAUAGGCUACUGAAGAACCAUUGUAAAUGGACAGUACAGGUAUGCUGUAUUUUUGAAGGUAUUUUGUCGCAUUAAGUUUGAUGACGCUAAAGUUAGGGAAUUCUGAUCAGAGUUGCAGAAAAAAAUGUUUUAAAGGCUUUAAAACAUUAAGUAGGCGGUCAAGGGUGUUAAUCAACAGUGGUUGUAAAGUAUUAAACACACUAAAUUAAAUUUUUGUUCGCCUUAUUACCAUGCAGAAAACACAGCAGUUCAGUUCUGUUCAGGUAUGGAGAACAAACAGUUUUUUAUUCCUCAAAGUAAAGCAAAGACUGGAGUUCUGAGCAAGUCAGCUGCUUGGGGUGUGCAGCCUACAAUAAAGAAAACAUGCAAGAGCCAGGCGGACAGUGUUGGUCCCUAAUUCAGAAUCCGAUUACAUUUCCUUCCCCUUUUAAAUAGUUUUAUUAGUUUGCUAAAAAAUAAUGCAAACAACUUCUAUUCCCUCUCCACCCACUCUCUGGAAAUUUUGUCAGACAUAAAUACUGACUCAUACUCAACUCCCUCCUCCCCCCACCCCACAAAUUUAAAGAUUUAAAAAUUGCUUGUCACAAAUUCCUUUCACUAGUUCAUUCCUCACUUUUCCUUUUUUUGAACUAGGCCACUUGCUUUUGUUGUGCUGCGCACCCCAGCAAUGCCGUUCUUUAUUCCUUGUCCUUUAUCAUAAAACUUACGGGCUAAAGUUAGGCAGCCAUGGCAUACUUUGUCUCCGCUCUUUAUUCCCGCUCAUCCCUCCUCUCUUGAGGUUGAAGGGUAAAGGAAACACAAACUUUCCUCAACUCCACAGUAUUCAGUCAGCCCACAGGAAUAUGCAAAAUCCCUCUAACUUUGUUUUUCUUUCACUAUUUCUUUUUGUUCCAUAUAUUUUGCAGCUUUGUAGUAACAGUGUUAUAAAAUAUUUACUGUACAAAAAAAUACAAAAAAACCCAGAUACAUAGCCUAAAACAGUUUUUUUUUUCCUUGUGGUGAUUUUUUUUUUUUAAAGAAUGUCAGUUAAUAUUGUACUUUGCAUUUGUCUCUGGAAAUAUCUUCUUCUUCUUUUCUUUUUUUUUAGAAGGCCUCCAUCGAACAAAAUUAAAAACACAACCGGCAUGAUAAUGUAAGGAGAGCUUCAAUGGCACCUAAAAACUAAACAAACAAAUCUCAUGAGAUCUGUUGAAGGAAGGUCUCAUGAAGUGAACGCUGCCUGCUAGGCAGGAUUUUCAUCAAAUCAGUCUUGCAAUGCCAAUUUUGUCUUGAAGUCAAUGCAUGUAUUACUGUUUGACAGUAAACCCGGCUAUGCCAUCAUCAAGUCCAAGGCUGUGCAAUAGUCUAAUUAGUAUUGAGGACAUUUUCCUUUUAUUUUUUCCAAUAAAAAAGCAGUGGGAUGAAAAUUGCUUUGAUAUAUAGCAGGUAACAUUGAAGCUAUUCCAUAGCACUUAACUGUAGUGAAUACUGUGUCACCAAUUCUGAAAUCAAUUUAAUGUUUAAUGCAAAUCCAUUACAUGGUGCUAUUACAGGCUGGCAAAAUGAUUUACAAAAAUGUGACAACUUGGGCUCAAUUCACUCUGCUUUCCAACAAUGUAAAUGCAUAGCAGUGUUUAUCUGCAUGAGAACUAUGCACUAAUCUGUCUGAAAAAAAAAGAAUAUAUCAACUUUGGUAUCUACUUUCCGUUUACUUAAAUCCUUGCCUUUUUGGUCAUUGUUAUAAUGCCAGCUUUAGGACAGAGAGAAUUAUAAGAAAACCAGCAUAAUACCUGAUAUAUUAAAAUGUAGUGCCUGUGAAAUCUGUAUUAUAUUGCUCUUCUGAAGUAAGAUUUUUUCUACACCGGUAGCCUUCGCUGUCUGUCAGAACCUUCUGAUAUAGGUGAUGUAAAAUAACCGUACAAUAUUAAUGCAUGCUAUUCCAUAAUGCUUAGUGAGCUGUAUGAAUAUUACUCAAAGUUAUGUUAGUCUUUUUUUCUGACUUGGUUCGUGUCAGAUAGGUUUAAAAAUAUUUCACUGAGAACGCAAAUUCUGUCUUUUCUUGAUUUGGGGUGUUUUCAGUAUUUUGGAGGUAUACAUUUACUUAAAUUCAGUAUUACUUGUGUUGGUUUUUUUUUUCUUUUUCCUAGAGGGCAGGCAUGGGUAUUGAGACCAGAAAUCCGUGCCUGGUAAGAUUUUUGUCUCAAAAGCUACCAUAAGAAUUCCAAGAGAACAUAUGUAUAAAGUUUAAAUUUAAGGGAUAGUUCUCAAACCCAUAACUGAGACUUAGCUGAUGUCGAAAGCGCUUUCUUAAUGAGCAGCGUUUAACCAGGUACCCAUGCUUGACCCUUUUUCACAUCAGACCUCCUCAUAUAAAAGAAAAAAUCCUUAAAAAAAAGAGAGAGAGAGAGAGAAAGAAAAGAAAAAAAAAGAAAAAUCUCAUGUGGCUGUUUAGUUUCAAUAUUUUUCCUUCAAACAAAACUCUGUACAAACUUUGGGCCUGAUUCAUAAAAGACCAUUUGCUAUUAACACGGGAUUUUGGUGUACUUUUCUCAUCCAAAUCUGAGAACACUUUCUUUCUAAGUAUAUGCUUCAGCAAGACCCUCUUCCCUGUGCACAAGCACCCGCCUGCCUUUUAUGUCCCCUGAGGGCUACACACCCCAUAACAGGAGCAGAAUCAAUCAGAAAAGAUGGCCAUGGCAGGGGACAGAAUGUCAUGUCCAAUACCUGAAAUACACAAGAAUUUUAAAAGGAAAGGGGAAUGUAGAGGAGAGGACAGCCCUAUACUGCACUCUGGCCAUUACAUGGGUUUUAUGCAUUUAUGUGUGAUGUUCCUUGAUUACAAAAGGAAUUAGUCUGUUCCAUAGCAAAAUAUGCUAGGUGUGCUACCUCUGAUUUCUACAGAGACCAUUCAUAAAGGAAAACACUCACAAUGUAAACUUUGGUACUUUUUACAGUGGAUUUUAAGGAAGACUGUUUUCCACUUAGUCUAUACCUUUGCCAAUGAGUGAAUAAAACAAUAUUCUUUACCCAAAUCUCCCCUCUCCUCCUCCUUUCUACAAAUUCAUAAUUUUUUUAGAAAGAAGAAAGGCAAAUAAGGUGAAUGAUUCGCUUUAGAGUUGAGUAUGGUAGCUGUAAACUCUCAUCCUUUACCACUGGUUUUGUUACUUCUGUAGAAAUGCAGGGUAAAUAAUGGUUACCAAUACCAUACAAUGGAGGUUUACAAAAUUGUUUGCUGUGGACAUACAAUCAGUGGGAAAUCCCCAUUCUGCACCUGUAUUGGGUUUCUUCCCACAGUUCAGCAUUCGCCCAGCUCCUCUUACCCUUGUCCACUCAAGUUCCUCAUUUUAAUUUUCAGUUUGCUGGACAAAACACUUCUAAUGGAUGUGUGAAAGAUCUGCUGGAAAAUCACUUAGUACCCGUGUUAAUACCAUGUUGUCUUCAUGGUUUUGAGUCGAGCCCCUUGUACCUCUCGUAUACUUGUAUUGACUCUCAUAGUUACCAUUUUAGUUUUAAUGUGUUCUGUGAAAAAGAAUUGAAAUUGGUUGAGAAUCACUGUGGGCAUCCAUUCUUAUUCAACUAAAUCUCUGCAGGUUUUUUGAGCUGGUGUGGAUUAGUUUAACUCUUGUAUUCAACCAUUAGUGCUACCACCUUCUCACAUUACAAUACAAUUACUGGAAGCAAGUACUGCAUUUCCUAUGCAACAAAAAAAGGAAAAUAAAAAAUUGCUAAUGCUAACAAA